GCCACAGCUCUCUCCAAACUAGUUUAGAAAGAUUGACAACAUAAUACCAGGUUAUUGUUUGACAGAACGUAACAGACAGGUAAACCCUCAGGUAUUUGAUGAUGGCGGGCCAGACUCUUAAUCAGACAUUCAGUUACAACCUGCAGAUUGCCAGUUUUGACAUCCCUACCCCAGUGAACUACCCUGUGUUCACCAUGGGUCUCCUGCUCUAUCUGUUCUCUGUCUUCUGUAACCUGACCAUCAUACUGUUGAUCAUCACACAGCAGACUCUCCACAAGCCCAUGUUUUACAUCCUCUUCAGUCUCCCCCUGAAUGACCUGAUAGGAAUCAGCGCUAUGCUACCGAGGGUGUUGGCAGACAUCGUGACACAGACUCACUCUGUGUACUACCCCACAUGUGUUUUUCAAGCCUUUCUUUGUCACAUGUACGGAGGUGGUGUGCUUUUUGUACUUGCAGCGAUGUCAAUUGAUAGAUAUUUUGCCAUUUGCAAACCACUGCAAUACCCCUCGAUCAUGACACCUUUUACACUAUGUGUCAUUAUAUCAGCUGCUUGGGGCCUUGACCUGGCCAUGAUCCUGACCCUGUUUGCUCUUCAGUCCAGAGUUAAGAGGUGCAAGGCUUACAUACUAAAUAUCUACUGUGACAACCCCUCUCUACUUCGCCUCUCAUGUGGAGAAGAUCUCACAGUUAACAACAUUUAUGGUUUGGCUAUGACAGCGGUUAUGCAGAUUAUCAGUGUGGGUAUUCAGCUUUUUUCCUAUAUUAACAUUCUUGUAAUAUGCAUAAUUAAUCAACAAUCUGACACCAAGAGCAAGGCUGUAAACACCUGUGUCGCUCAGCUAGUAACAUUUUUCCUUUUUGAAUUUACUACCACCUUUGUAAUACUGUCAUAUCGCUUUCAGAACAUACCUCCUAAUGCACAGAAACUGUGUGGUAUGAUGAUCUACCUUCUCCUGCCAAUUAUUAAUCCAAUUAUAUAUGGGAUGAAAACAAGGGACAUCAGAACAGCAUUUUUCAUGGUGGUGAGGAAAAAAAAAAUAGCAUUCACGUGAACAUUUAAUGAAUGUCAGCUCCACACUGGUUUCCUGUGUGUCUUGGGGCUCAUGUGUAUAUCUCUAGCUCCACU